GUUCCCAGGCUCUCCCGGGGCGCUCGGCAUGAGGAGGAUCAGGGCUAAUGCCAUCGCCAUCCUGACCGUCGCCUGGAUCUUGGGCACUUUCUACUACUUAUGGCAGGACAACAAGCCCCGCUCGGCGGCUGCCGGCAGGUCCGCCGGAGGCGGUAGCGGCGGCGCCCGGAGCGGGCAGAGGGCGGCCGGCAGGCUGGAGCUGCGCCGGGAGGAGAGGACCAUCCCCCUCAUCAUGACGAGGGCUCCCCCGGGAGAGAAGAGCAGCCGGCGGGGUUUUGAUGAGAAGGCUUACUUGUCCUCCAAGGUGCUGAAGGCUGGAGAAGACCCCUACCGCCAGCACGCUUUUAACCAGCUGGAGAGUGACAAACUCGGCAGCGACCGACCCAUCCGGGACACCAGGCACUACAGGUGCACUUCUGUACGCUAUGACACCGACUUGCCAGCCACCAGUGUCAUCAUCACCUUCCACAACGAGGCGCGAUCUACCCUGCUCCGCACGGUGAAGAGUGUUCUGAACCGCACCCCUCCCAGUCUCAUCCAGGAGAUCAUUUUGGUAGAUGACUUCAGCUCAGAUGCUGAGGACUGCCAGCUCCUUACCAAGAUCCCAAAGGUCAAGUGUCUACGAAACACCCAUCGAGAAGGGCUGAUUCGCUCUCGGGUGCGAGGAGCUGAAGCGGCAGCUGCUGACAUCCUCACCUUCUUGGACAGUCACUGUGAAGUCAACAGCGAGUGGCUGCAGCCAAUGCUGCAGAGAGUGAAAGAGGAUUAUACCCGAGUGGUGAGUCCAAUCAUUGAUGUUAUCAGCCUGGAUAAUUUUGCCUACCUGGCAGCAUCAGCAGAUUUGAGGGGAGGGUUUGACUGGAGCCUUCACUUUAAGUGGGAACAGAUUCCUAUAGAGCAGAAGAUGUCCAGAACAGACCCAACUCAGUCUAUAAGAACCCCUGUCAUAGCAGGAGGCAUCUUUGUGAUUGACAAGUCCUGGUUUAACCACCUGGGAAAAUAUGAUACUCAAAUGGACAUCUGGGGAGGAGAAAAUUUUGAGCUCUCUUUCCGAGUGUGGAUGUGUGGUGGCAGCUUGGAGAUUGUUCCGUGCAGUCGAGUGGGACACGUGUUCAGGAAGCGCCAUCCCUAUGACUUCCCUGAGGGCAACGCGCUGACUUACAUCAAGAACACCAAGCGCACAGCAGAGGUGUGGAUGGAUGAGUACAAGCAGCACUACUACGAGGCCCGGCCCUCGGCUAUCGGCAAGUCGUUUGGAAGUGUUGCAGACCGAGUGGAGUUGCGUCACAAGCUGAACUGUAAAUCUUUCCAGUGGUAUCUGGAGAAUGUCUACCCGGAGCUCAAGAUUCCUGAAAAAGAGUUCAUUCCAGGAAUAAUUAGACAAGGAGGAAGCUGUCUGGAGUCUCAGGCACAGGAUACCACAGGGAAUGUGUUGGCUGGCAUGGGAAACUGUAAAGGGACAGUGAACAAUCCACCUGUCACUCAGGAGUGGAUAUUCAGUGACCCUUUAAUUAGACAGCAGGACAAGUGUCUUUCCAUUGCCUCCUUCUCUACUGGUUCUCAAAUCACACUGGAAGCUUGCAAUCAAAAAGAUGGCAGACAGAAGUGGAAGAUGAAAGGCAGCUUCAUUCAACACUUUGUCAGCGGUCUCUGCCUGGAAAACCAGACUGGAAGAGUGGUGACCAACCCCUGUCAAGCAGGUGUACCUGGCCAACAGUGGGAGCUGCUACAAGCAACAUGAUGGUACUGCCUCCUUCCUCCCUGCUCCCACCGUGUGUGUGCAGCUUUCUUCCAGUUCCUCCUUCAUAACCACUCUGGGACCAGGACCCAGCUCCUCUACAAACAAUGCUCCUGACUGCUGCAAACCACAGAAACUCUGCUUGUUUACAGUCUCCAAGCUCUGGGCCAGCCCCAAUUCAAAGGGCUCUUGUCAGCACAGUGACUGCUGCCCUUGACUGUGUGUUUGGCCCCCGUGCUGGAGGCUGCUGGCUGCUCCUGGGGCACACACACCUGGACUGGCUGUGUUGAUUUGUGCCUCUCUUCCUCCUGCUCUCCUGGCAGAGUGUGAACUGGCAUCCUUUUGGGCUGUAAGCUGGGGCUGCUGAAGAUGGGACACUCCUUCAGGUGCUGUGGUCUGGGGGAGGAAAGGGCAAAGGUGGACGUGUGCUAGAUAUCAGUAACUCAAAUUGCUUGUGCAGUUUGGAGCUUCAUUUUUUCAUUCUACCUGGUUUUGGACAUGUUCACCUGAGGUCACCUCCCAACUGCUCACUCUUCUGUCAGCUAAAGCAUUGCUUUAGCCCAACUCAGACCUCCUCACACAUCAUCUUUUGGAAGCUGUUUGUUUCCAAUGCAUUGCAGCAGUUGCUGAAAAGGAGGUACAUUACAAAAGGCUGCUGUCAAGUGUGGGCAAACUGAACAACUUCUUGGAAUAAACAAAGUCUGGUUCAAACUCAGUAUUAGCAUACUCUACAUUUCCCUUGCACUGAAAGGAAGGAAGAACAAUGUUAUCUCUACUUUUUUCCCCAAGGUCCACCCAGUGCCAUGUUUUGUAACAGGUGUCAGGAUUUCUCCAAGCAAACUGACUGUUUGUAACAGUCAGACCAAGCAGCUGCUCACCCUUGUUUUCCUGUUUACUUUAAACAGCCCCCUAGACUGUCAAGACAGAGAAUUUGCAUUGGUAAUACCCUAAAAAGAAAGCUGUUACUGUAUCAGAGCAUCCAAUGUAAUUUCCUGUGCUGUGGACCAAUGGGAGUUUAUUUAAGAGGAGCUGAAUCUACUGUUGUACAGAAAUCGGAUUCAAAAGGUUUAUUUUUCCCACUCACUUGUAAGUUGCACUUUGCCAGAUGUAAUUUAUGUGGAACCCAGAUUAGUUUUCCUUUUUCUUCAAAAAAAGCAUGUGCCAG